AUGCAGCCGCUAAACGGCCAUGACGAAAUCGAAGCUAUCCGACCCGAGUGUCCGGUUCUCCUCCCACAUCUUCCACCUCCCUCACUCCUUGUACUUUGUACUUUAUACUACCUCAAUCCCAUCAUGUUCGCCGCUCGCCGUCUCACCAACAUUCCCCGCGUUCGCGCGCAAGCCUCCCUCUUCCACAGCUCCGCGCCCGCGUUCGUGCAAAAGGGCGACGCUAUCCCCAACCUCGACGUCUUGGUCGAGAACUCCCCCGGCAACAAGGUCAACCUCGCCAAGGAGAUUAAGAACAAGGCUGUCAUCAUUGGCACCCCCGCUGCCUUCAGCCCUGCGUGCUCCAGCACCCACGUCCCCGGCUUCAUCAACCACCCCAAGCUCAAGGAGGCUGGUCAGACUUUCGUCAUCUCCGUCAAUGACCCCUUCGUGACCAAGGCUUGGGCUGAUUCCCUGGACCCCCAGGGCAAGAGCGGUGUCCGCUUCCUGGGUGACCCCUCCGGCAAGUUCACCGAGGCUCUCGACCUCAGCUUCGACAGCAGUGCCAUCUUCGGCAACAACCGCAGCAAGCGCUACGUGCUCCUUGUUGAGGAUGGAAAGGUCAAGGAGACUUUCAUCGAGCCCGACAACACCGGUCUCAACGUCUCCGCCGCCGAGAAGGUCCUGGGCUAA